UCAAGAAUAGGAUCGGGUAUCCAUCUUGAAGCAAGUUACACAUUUUUUGUUUUCUAUUUCUACUAACGAAACUCCUUGAGGAAAUUGAGAAAUAAUAAAAUCAUUACUGUUGAUGAGUGAUAAAAAUUAUAUAUUCAAGAGUGAAAAAGCUGAAUUCUCAGAUUCGAUUUAUUGACAGUCGUCCACAUUGAAGAGACAUUGUUGAAAAAGGGGGUUAUCAUGGACGAAAAAGCCGAAGAAGCUUCACCGACUACAGAUACGGAGCCCGUGCCUAUACAACCGGUUGAGCCGGACCCAGGUGUGACUGACGCUAGUGAUUCGACUGCAAGCGCGGGAAUGAACACGAACGCUGAAAUGUCAGAGCCUAUGGAAACAAAUUUACCAAUUUCCGAUCCUACAGAUCAGUCUACCGAAUUGGCUAUUUCAGCAGCUACAGAGGAACUUUUGGAGACUCUCACAUCAGAAGCACCAACGUCUACAGAAAUAUUUACAUCUGAAGCAGGUAUUACUUCGCAUGUUACAAGUGUUGCUGAUGCCUGCAUGUCUUCUGAUGCUUUAUCUGUAGAAGCUGUUUUAAUGUCUGGUGAAGAUGUGAACCCUGACAAAGAUUUUACUACAGCUAUGGUAGAAACACCCACUGACGAACCGAUUGUUGAUACCUCCCAUGUAGAAUCUGUGGAUUCGGAAGACGCUGGUACGAAACAGGUUACAGAAAAACAAAUAUUGGAUCCUGUUUGUACUCUAGAAGAGGAGCUACAACGGCUUCAUGAGGGGGAUCCUCCUGUUGAGGAAUCUGUUGAUAAACAAGUACAAGAAACAGAGUUGUCAAAGAAACCAGUAGUGGAAGAUGAAAAUUCUGACGAUGUUGAAAAAACAAAUAACUUACUUCCAAGAAGUAGUAGAUUUAAAGUCAAAGUUGAGGAACCUGUUGAGACUUCAAGUAAGUCUGUCGAAAAGUCAGCUAAGUUUGUAAUCACUAAAUCUGCAGAUAAAAUGAGAAAACAUGUGGAAAGAAACAAUUCUAUAGAUAAAGCAAGCAAUAUUUUGGAGAAAACCCUCAAAUCUGGGGAGAGAAAGGGUCAUUCGCCUGCAAUACGAGUUGUUCAAACUCCCAUUAUGAAAGACUCCGAGUUGGAAGAAAUGCUAUCAGCCGAUGAAAUCUUGAGUGAUCGUAUUUUGAUAAAAGAUUCUCAGGAGGAUAUUGGAACAACGGAUUUGUUUAUUUGCGGAAAGUGUCAUGAAACAUUCAAUUUAUCAGAGGAAUUUCAAAAGCACAAAGCCAGAAAAUGUUCAACUAAAUCGAAUUUAUUAUCAGUUUGUGCGAAUGAAGGCCAACCAGAAAUAUGGGCAUACACUUUGUGGAAGAACAAGCAACUUAAAGUUCGAAAACCCGGUAUUCCCUCACCUUCCUCAUGGGAUAUCUUCAGAAAGUGGGUUCAGUUGGCACAAAGUAAUAAAAAUCCCUGGUUAUCAGCUGGAGAAACAUUACAAUUUUGUUCAAAAAUAUCGACUGCCCAGUUGAUGGAAAAUAACCAAUUAUCAAAUACAGACACAGACUUGAAACAAUUGCCAAAACCUGUACAACUGAAAAAACCUGAACAGUUGAAUGUAAAAAAAAUAGAGCAUGAUCCAUUGGCACUAGAUGGAUUUGGAGACAACAAUAAGGAAAAUUCAACCAUUGGUAAUUUAAAAAAGUCAUCAGUUGAAGUAAGAAAGCCUGCUAUCAGUAAGCCUCCUAUGAAAUUGGUGAAAGAAGUUAUUUUACCAGCUCCAAAGGUAAAUUCCAAUAAAGCUAUGAGAACAAUGACUAGCGUUGAAAAGGGAGAGUAUGCUGUGGAAAGAAUUGUGGCAAAACGAUUCAAUGCCAAAAAAAAGAAUUGGGAGUACCAAAUCAAAUGGGAGCAUUUUCCCAGUGAAGAUAACACUUGGGAACCUAUAGAAAAUCUUAACCACUGCAAGUUGAUGGUGGACGAAUUUGAAAAACAAUUAACAAAACUGAAAGCUGAAAAAGCUCAGCAACAAGCUGCCAAUUUGGUAAAGAGUCGCUCUAAAAUUUUGAACACUUCUUCUCUCACGACGCCUGGAUCAUCUUCUGCCAAUUUCAGUGCAGAAACUCCUAAUCGUCCGACAAGAACCAGCAAACAAAAAGCUCUAAACCAAGUGAAAGCCUGGUGUGGCAAUAUAUCUGAUGAAGAAAAUCCUCCUGUCGGCGCUAAACGACCUAGAUCACCUGAUAGUGACGACUCCUUUGAAAAAAGGAUGAAGUUUGAAGAAUUCUCUGAUGACUCGGACACCCCAGUCAAGUUUUCACCUCCUAGGCCUCAGUUCAGAAAAAUAGCUCCUAAACCUCAAAAUAUUCAAGUUGUGAAUAAUGGAAUAGGUAAAUCAACCACCCUUCCACCAAAUGUAUUGAUACCUGAUGCAAAUGGAGUAGUAAGAAUAAACCAAAAACAAUUACCGUCGCUGAGUACUGGUGUUUACAUUAUGUCAAAGACUGCUGGAAUUAUAAAAUUGGACUCGACAACAUCUAAAGUUUCUACAAGUAAUGCAGGGCAAACAAUUGUAAAAGUAGCUCCAAAAAUAGGUCAAACACAAAUUAAAAUUGUGAAGAAAGAGGGACCUACAUCUACCACAAGACAAGUUAUUCAAGUCACUCCCAACAAAAAUGUUCAAACAACGCCCACUAAACCUUUAAAACCUGUCUUGAAAGCAAAAAAACCUAUAGAAAUUAGAACACCUGUCAUUCCAAGAUCUCCUGAUAAUAAAAAACCUACUGAAGUAAUGAAGAAAGUUCAAGAAACCCAUAAAAAGUCUGGUUUUGAAAAGAUGACAACUCUGAAAAAACUACCAGAUCAGUCUUUGAAACCAAGUAUAACUAAAGUGCUCAAUAAGAAAGAAGAACGCAAGCCAGCGACAUUGUUAUAUCCAGAAUCCCCCAAAAAAGUUGAGGAAGAAGAAGAGGAAUCUGAUGAUGGAUUAGAAGAAUUACCUUUUCCAGAUGAAAUCAAGAUACCUGAGCCUGAAAGCCCUACUUCAGAAUUUACACUUGAUCCAUUCACAGGAAAAAUUGCUGGACAAGAAUAUCCAGAUAUUCCAGAUCCUGAACCAAUAGAAGAGAGUAAAUAUGAUUCUUUGGAUAACAUCGUCAAGUUAGCAGCAGCUGAUAUAACAGAAGAAGAUCUGAAAAAUGAACCACCAGAAACUCCAAUGGAGAUAGAAGAUCCAAUCGGUCUUGAGCGUGGUGAUGAAGAUGAAGAACUGGAAGAGAAAGUCAUGGUCCCAGCAAAGAAUGAACAAGUUAGAAAGAUUUUGACAGCUCCACCAACAAGAACUGUUGUCAGAAUGUCGGUUCUACCAAAGAAAGGCCCUAGUUCGAUACUGAAUAAGGCAUUAACUGGUCAACAAGGUGUAAGAAAAAGCAUAUUACACAAUACUUCCACCCCUAAAGUCAAUCAAAGGAUUCUGAACCCUUCAGUUGCUAGAAGCCCACAAGUUAUGAAUCCCAUCAUUAAACCAAUCAGUUCUUAUGUCCGCACAAAACCGGUAGCUCCUAAACCGAGACAGGUACUUAGACCUCACCAUGAUACGUCUCCGAAACAUGUUUAUACAUUUCCUAGAACAAGUCCUGCAGCAAAUAUGAGAAAAAUUGGAAAUACGACAAUUAGGAGUGCAACUUCACCAGUUGCCAGACCCCAGCCAAGAAUGAUUCAUAGUAACAUGAAUGUGAUGCAAAGGACUAUUUCUCCUAAAAAAGAACCUACUUUCAUUCGUGGUCAACCUGAGAGAGUUGAGAGAAAGGUUGUGCCCUCUAAACCAAAGACAGUUAUAAGCAUGCCUUCUUUAAUAGGAGAUGAUGAUUUAAUAAUUACACCACCAAAAGUUGUCCAGCCACCGAAACCACAAUCUCCAUCACUGCUUACAAGUACAGGAGAAAAUGAAGCUCCUGCACUGUCAGCGGAAGAUGGAAACCAAGAAGAGACUGCAUUAAUACCGAUUUCCAAACAAGAACCUGAAGAAGAAUCUACUGUAGCUUUAGCUUCAGAGGCUCAAAAUGACUUGACAACAGACAUGUCAGCCUUCACUCUUGCUGAUAAUGAGAAUCCUAUAUUCAUUACUGGAGAUGAUGGUACAGUUUACCAAGUGGCAGGUCAGAAUGAACAAGGUCAAACAAUCUUAUUGACUCAGGGCAGUGAUGGUCAGCAACAGUGUUUGCUAGUAACCAAUGAGGUAGCAGAGGCUGUGGACCCAACGGCAAUAACUGAUGAGGUUCCACCACAGCCAGAGACAGAAAUGUCUAUGACAGAGUUAAGACCUGAUGUUACUGAACAACUUUCCAUCAAAACAGAUCCAACUGAGAGUAACGAUCAGGUGGUUGCUCAGGUGGUCAGGGCAGAACCGCCCAGUCCAGGUGGAACACACAAAGUGGUAGUGAUGCUUCCUGAUGGUAAUCUUAUGGUGACACAGGUAUCUCCAGAAGAAUUUGCCAGCUUAGAACUGGAAUAAAAGAGUUAUAUUAUUUUGAUUGAUUUUAUAGGUGUAUGUCUGAUUUUUUUUUGAGUUAUUGACCUUCGAUGAAGUUUGUAAAAUAGCAUUUGAAAUCUUAUUAUAUAAGGAUAGUAGAUUUUUUAAAAGACCUUCAAUUUCUUUAUUUCAGUUCGUACUUUAUAUAAACAAAUCAAUAUUUGUUAUAUUAAUAUUGUAAAGAGCAAAAUGUAUUAUAAUUCAUAUUAUCAGUUGUA